AUGUUGGUGGUUUUGGGUGUUGUUUGUGUACUAACAUAUCUCUGUAUUGAAUGGAUGCGAUACGUUCGACGUUACCCACCAGGGCCGCUCCCUUUGCCACUGAUCGGAAACCUGCACCAUAUAGUAAUCGGAAACAUCAAACAUGGAGGUAUCGUUGAGCUCAUGAAAAAAUGGCAGAAAGGACGAGGUACGGUAUUUUCGAGCGGCGAUUUCUGGGCUGAUCAUCGUCGUUUCUCUUUACGGACGUUACGUGAUUUCGCUCUGAAAAAUGACGUCAUGGAGGGGAGAAUCAUGGAUGAAUUCCACUACAACUUUGGUAAGUUGGAAAAGAGUAUGGUGAAUGGGCAGGCGAAAAUAAACGCCGGAGAAUUUUUCGAUGUCCUCAUUGGCAGUGUCAUCAAUAGAAUCAUCUUCUCUGAGCGUUUCACAAAAGUACGUUCACUACCUUGA